AUGUGCUACAAGCUCGGUCCUCCGGACCCUGGAUCCGCAGACAAAGCACCCAAGGAUACAUAUUUUACCUGCCGCAAACUCACCAAGAAUCUUUUUUAUAUCACCGAGGACGACAGAUGGGGCGAGAAUCCGUUUAUUUACGUGCGCCUUUACGCCUCUACAGUCGUCCUAAUUGAUACCGGCUGCGGGGGCCCGCACAAUUCUUCCGAUGCUGACUUCACGUCCCUCCGGCAUUUCAUCGAAGAGUAUUCCGUCGCAGACAACGACAAUCAACCUCUUAACCCGGGAGGCACCAAAAACUACACCGUGAUUUGCACUCAUUGCCACUACGACCAUAUUGGCGGGAUUAUGCAUUUUACAGAGUCAUCAACCACCUCUGUUGUGGCUAGUUCUUACGAUAGAGAUUUUAUCGCCAGUCCAGAUAGACUGCCAACUUCGUCUCUCUGUCGCUUUGUUGGAAUGAAUACGCCCGAGUAUUCCGUGACUGUUUGGGCUGAGGACGGCCAGUCAAUCACUGAUAGUGCCGGCAAUGAUCUAGGCCUUGUGCUAUAUCAUGCUCCCGGUCAUACCCCAGACCAACUCGCUAUCUGGGAUGCCCAAGAACGAUUUCUCUUUGUUGGAGACACAGUAUACGAGCACGCCCCUAUAUUGUUCCCCAUAGAGGGAAAUAUUAAAAACUAUGUUGCAACCAUCAAGAGGCUUCAAGGACUCGUCAAAGGAUGGAAUUCUAUAGAGAGCCAAAAUUCUAGGUCGCGUUUUGAUGGCAUGUGGACACUUGACGUGUAA